GUUCUCUCCAGGCGCUGAAUAGCACGUCAGCUGUGUCGGGAGUCGCUUCGCUCGGAAGCACUGCUACAAACAGCCUCGGGUGCCGUAUUAAGUUACUAGAGAUACGCGGAACCGUGAAAGCAUUUCAAGUACUCUGUUGAUGGAAGGAACUGAACCUCUACAAAAUGGCAACUCUUCAAGGCAAGGCACAAUGUGUGUCUUGGUUAACUGAGACUCAAUGAAAUUUCAGAACGAAGUAUGGAAGAGAUCCACCACUGCACCCUUCAAUCUGUGCAUGGCACAAAAAAUUUAUGGAGACAGGCACAGUGUUGGAUAAAGGGAGGAGCAGGCGACCAAGAACAUCCGAGAAAAACAUCGAUCAUGUUUUAAACACUUUCACUCGUUCAUCUACGAAGUCUAUCCGCACUGCUGCCAGACAGUUGCAACUACCAUGUUCAACUAUGCAUAAGGUCCUCCACAAGAACUUAUGGUUGUACACUUACAAAGUGCAACUGUUACAGACACUUGAGCCAAAUGAUAAGCCAAAAUGGACAGUUUUCACUCAACAUGCUGGAACACCUUUCAGAGGAUGAAGCAUUCCUCAAGCAAGUUAGUUUCAGUGAUGAGGCAACUUUUCAUGUUUCUGGGACAUUAAACAGACACAAUGUGAAAAUCUGGGUAUCUGACACACCCCUAUGUGACUAGGGAGCUUCACUGGGAUAGUACAAAAGUGAAUGUGUGAUGUGGAAUCAUGUGCAACCGAAUAAUUGGUCAAUUUUUCUUCAAUAAGUCAACAAUUACUGCAGAUGUUUACCUCGACCUUCUGACCGAAUAUGAAGCACCACAACUGACUGAUUUAAAACCAACUACCAUUUUCCAGCAAGAUGGUGCACCACCAUAUUGGGGACUGCAUGUUUGUCAGUUCCUCAAUGAAACAUUUCCAGGCAAAUGGAUUGGGAGGGAUGGGCCAAUUCCUUGGCCACCGCAUUCACCUGAUAUCACUCCCUUGGACUUUUUUUAUGGGGGUAUGCAAAAGAUAUCAUGUAUCAAACACGGAUCACGGAUACGGGACAUUGCUGACUUGAAGCAAAGGAUUCGUAAUGCCAUUGCCACUAUUGAUGACACUAUGCUACAGCAAACAUGGCAAGAAAUCAAGUACUGUCUUGAUGUGCUUUGUGCAACUAAAGGUGCCCAUAUAGAGGGCUAUUAAAC